AUAGGUAUAUCCCCUGUCCUACCGCCUUACCGAAUCUCCGGUACGAAACUGUUCACUGUGACAUGCAUGUAUACACACAAUCAGCCCCGCCUACCCGGGUCGCUUGUAUACGUCAAUCAUUUGCUUUGCGUUGAACUCGUAUCAACAUGGCGGCUCGGGGAUGCUCUUCAACGCGGUUUAGUGACGAAUAUGAAUUGAAAGAUGAACUUGGAAAGGGAGCUUUCAGCGUUGUACGAAGGUGUGUGAAGAAAAAUAGCGAUUACUUGGAAUACGCUGCAAAAAUCAUCAACACAAAAAAGCUAUCCACGAGAGAUUUUCAGAAGUUGGAAAGAGAAGCCAGGAUAUGCCGCAAAUUACAACACCCUAACAUAGGUAAGGUUUAAAUAAUUAUCUAUGUUUGUAUGUUUUUGUUUGUUUGUCGUUACGUGUAUUAUUUGUUUAUUUGAAUGAAGUAUAUGGAAAGCUGGAAUAUUAGUUUAUCAGUUCAUGGAGAGUGAGAGUGAUAAUGAAUUCAUAUUCAUAAUUUCCAGUUCGAUGAAUAUGAUGGCACUGCAGAAGGAACACUCUAUGUUUAAAUGCAGUCUGGAACCCUUGCAAGAAUUUAUUGAUUGUAGCAAAAUGGGGAUAUUGAUCGGAAAAUUGUAUGUUGCAUACUUGCAUAUUUUUUUUAUAGAGUGGCAUAUUAUGUCGAAUGAUGAAGCGAUAUUUCUCUUGAAAAGUGAAAGGGUAAUAUUUUGUUUGGGCAGGUGAAUUUCUGCAAGAAAUGUGACUUACAAUUGAUUCUGUAGGACUGAGGUAUAUUGGAAUGAGAUGAUUGCAAAUGGUAGACAGGAUAAGAAAGAGGAGAGACAAAGGAAGAGGUGGAAGGGGGAGGAGGAGGUCGAUGAGGAGGGGAAGGGGGAAGAGGAGGGGUAAUGAUCAGGUGGAGGGGGGAGAGUGAGAGGGAGAAGAGAGAGAGAGAAGGAAUCGAUUCUCUUCUUAAAAUAAUGAGGCUGUCACUUUCUAACAUCUCCCUUUGUGUUCUGUUCCCGGAAGAUAAUUUGGGAUUUUCCCGUAAAUUACAAAAUAUUUCCUUCUCUUGCCUACGAAUAAUAUAUGAGCCGAAGGAGAAUUCUCUUACAAAAAAAAUGAAAACGUAAAAAAAUUAUCUACUUCUCGAGAUCAGGUAAUUAGAUAUUUCUGGACAUGAUGAUCAAUGAAAAUAUACUGUAUAUCUUCAUUAAAUAAUGCAGGAUAUAUUUUUUAUUUGAAAAAAAAAACUACAUCUUAAUUUGAUAAAAGUGUAUGAAGGCAAACUGAAUUGUCAUAUAGAAGGAGAAUAUAACUUUGCUUUUAUGGUCGUUACGUGUAUCUUAUAAUGAACAAUAUGUGUUUUAACCACCAUAUGCAGAUAUGAUUUUCUCAAUACUUUCAUUUCUCAGUGUUUGUAGUUUUUGUUGAUUAUGGUUUUGGCCUUCUCUAUCUUCUGGGUGAGAGUUUCAUGGAACAAAAAGUCACUGACAAGUAUGCUGACAGCCUAUCAGAUAUCCCGAUUUCAGUUGCUCACAACAACAGUCAGUAGUUUUGUGAAAUGUGCCAUAGAUCUCUACCACUAGUGUAUUGGCAAUAUCUCGAUCUUCAGAGGUAAAUUGAUACAUCAGCUUAGGUUUGUUUGUGUACGCAAAAUGUAACAAAACAAAACAAUGGCCAGAUGCCUAAAAGCACGAUGACAAAUCAAUAUUACCCUUUAAUGGGUGCACAGAUAUUCUUGUAAAUCAGCAAACGGGCUGGAUCGAGUUCCCCAAUGUUUCAUCCCGAAAGGGGAGAGCGUGAAAGGUUAUUUGUCGGUAACGGUGCAUGUUAUACAUGCAUGGCCGUAACUUGGCAUUCAAUACCCCGCGUGUGUAAUGCAUACAAUAUGCUUCUAUACUCAUUUGCGUUGGGCACUCUACUCAUUGCCAAAUUUAUUCAUUUCAGGGAAAAUUGGGUGUGUUGUAGAACAUGGUUAAGCAGAGAGAAUGUAUCCCGAGUGUUGGAUGUUUCAAAAUGGAACAUUGGCGAGGAUUUUUUUUUCUCAUAGCGAUCUGGAUGAGAUGUUUGAUUUUCUUUCUGGUUUGAUUUAGAGGUUUGAGUCAAUCUUUUGGACAUUGAAGUUUCAUGGAAAAAAUGAUGGGUGGAAAGGUGUAAGAAUUGGAAAUAAUUUUCUGAAACUCAGAAAUUUAGAAGAUGUUUACAAGGGAAACAAAUUGCUUGAAUUUUCAAAGGAAUUAAGGUGUGAAAGCUGCCAGGAAUAUGAAAAUUAUGUUAUAAACAGUAUUGAUCUUGAAGGGUAAAGAAUGCUGAUUUUCAAACAUAAUCUUAAACUCUGUCAUUUUGUGGGGGGAGGAAGGAUUGUAGCUUUUCAAAUAAAUAGUUUCAGUUCAUACUGCCUGGUAGCAAUUGCAAGUUAUUUUUUUUUUAAAGAUUGAUUGAAAGACAUGUAUGGUCAUGAAUAUUGUGAUCAUAUACAUGUACGUAAUUUAAUAAAUCAAAGUCAAAAUUGAAUUAAAUGUGUAUGGAUGACUUGCUAUCUAGAAAAAAAACUGAAAGAAUUUGUUGGCUAUUGUAAAACGGCAUUGCCAAGAACAAUAAAGAACCUUAUAUUUCAAUAUGUAAAAGGAAAAGCUGUUCAUCAAUAUAGCACAAAUGAGUGAGAACAUAAUGAAAAGGAAAAAUUUAUUUUUUAUUACCAAUCUAACAAGGAAAAUAAAAUGACUAACAUUGAAAGAAAAAACAUGAAACAAAAUGAUGGUCUAAAAUGCUUUCCAUUGAUGUGAGUAUGACACCUUUAUAUUAAAGCAUCCACUUGUUUGUUUGUAGUUUUUCUUAUCUCAGCCUUUCCGAGUAACAAUUCUUUUUCUAAAACCUAAAAAUGAUAAUUUUGCUUGAAAAUGGAAUAUAACAAUAUAUGCAGCAAUAAUUAUAAAAAGCUUUAAAUUUUAAUUAGUUGUAAUUGCCAUUAUUGUGAGUAGAGGACAGUAAAGCGUGUUGGAACCAUCCCUGAAUCUUGCGAGAAAACGCAAGAGGCGUCAAGAUUACACGGCCACAUGACACAGGAGUAAUUUCCGUCUUGUUGUUAGGCAGCUGCGAGGCUUCCCAAGGCUUGAAGUUGACGCCCGAUUGUCCAAUCAUCACGUUAUGUUAGAUUGCAGUCAAUGACGCUCUAUCAUCUACUACAUGAAAUCAUAUAGUCUUAUUCAUGUUCAAUCAUCAGUUGUAUGACAAUCAUGGGCUGGGGAUGGGGUGGGGUGGCAGUGUCCCCC